UCCAAUGAAAAACUUAUGCUGGCUUCAAUGUUUCAUUCAUUGUUUGCUAUUGGUUCACAGCUGUCCCCUGAGGUUGGCAGUUCUGGAAUUGAGAUGCUGGAGACAGAUAUGUUCAAACUGCACUGCUUUCAAACACUAACUGGUAUAAAGUUCAUUGUGCUGGCAGACCCCCGGCAAUCAGGCAUUGAUGCAUUGAUGAGCAAUGAUGGUUAUAUGUUUUUCCCUUUAUGUUACAGGUGUGAACUCUUUGAUCAGAAUUUGAAGGGGGCUUUGGAGAUAGCAGAGAAAGCUGGUAACUUUGGACCUGGGUCAUAAGCAGGAUCAAAUCUGAAACCAAGGCAAAUAAAGAGGAUCAGUUGUUCCUGCAUUUGUUGUAACAUGUAGAUGUGGUACAUUACCCACACAACCUUAGCAUUUGCAACAUAGCGAGCUACGCAUGCAGACUCAGAUAUAAAAACGACAUCAAUGAGUACAUGUUACUUUGUAGAAGGAAAAAUCUUGUACUAUACAUUAAAAAGCUUGUCUCAGUGGAAGUAUUUACAUCUUAUUUUUGUUCAGCCACCACUACCACAUAAUAUUGGGGAAACAGUGAGAAGUAUUUUAAGUUUCCCACAUUUGCAGC